AUGCAGGACUAUAGUCGUCGAUUCAUGGAUGUGGCUGCCCAGACACUGCAUCGAGCCCGAUCGGAUCAGCGUUUGGCACACGAGGCUGAUUAUAUUGACCCAGCCACGUACCAGCGAGGUCGUGGUAUCCCACGAGGUGGUGGUGCCCGACGACCUGCUGGUGCCCGACGACCUCGUGCUGCCCGAGGAGGUGGUGUUCAGCAGGGGGGCGAUGAUGCUCCUGAUGAUGAUGUUGCUGCUGAUAUGGCAGGUGGCAUGCAUGAGACUGACAUGCCGUCUUACAGCCUUGGAAUUUUUGACACUCCAGUGCCAUCACAGAUGACCCCAUCGGGUCAACUAUUGAUCACGGGCUCGGAUUUUCAAGGAGCGGAUUGGGGUAGAUAUUUCCCUGGCCCGUCUACCACUGAUGAGGGUCGACCGACCCGAGAUUUAUUUAGUGGGCGCCGACUGAGUUAUGGCAGCUCUUCACAUGCGCAGGCUUCAUGUGAUGCUGCGACAGAUGACUACAUUCAGGAUCCAGACACGAUAAUAUAA